GACACAUAACGCCCCCCAACGACUCGUAGCAAAAUUCUGUUUUUGUAUAGAUAAUAGAUAGAUCACCAGCGGCAUCCAUCCAUAAAAACCCUUCACCCGUUGAGCAAAAUAUCCCAAAUUUCUUUCUCCCAAUUCCAAAUUCCGUGUUGCGAUUUCGAAUCCGUCUGACAAUUCAACACGGAAUUUGGAAACUAAACCCUUUUUGACCGGAAAGAUUUCAGAAAGUAAGACACGUAAAUGGAGAUCGAUAAAGCAAUUAGAGAGAGCAAUGAUCAAAGGCUGAAGACCAAGUAUAAUAACGCCAUCAACGUUAUUCAAAGAGCUCUUGCUCUUUACCCUAUCGAGGAGGUUGCAUUCAGCUUCAAUGGAGGAAAAGAUUCAACUGUUUUGUUACACCUUCUUAGGGCAGGAUAUUUUUUGCAUCAAGUGGACUGUGGUCAUUCUAAUGGGGAUCUAUCUGGUCAUUCAUCCACAUUUCCCAUAAGGACUAUAUAUUUUGAGAGCCCUUCUGCCUUCGCUGAAAUCAAUUCAUUUACUUAUGAAACAGCCUCAAGUUAUGGUGUGCAAUUAGAUAUACUUCGCCAAGAUUUUAAGUCUGGUUUGGAGGCUUUGCUUAAGACUAAACCAACAAGAGCUAUUUUCCUUGGUGUUCGAACUGGUGAUCCUACUGCUGUCGGUCAAGAACAAUUCUCCCCCAGCUCACCUGGAUGGCCACCUUUCAUGAGAGUCAAUCCAAUCCUGGACUGGUCAUACAGAGACGUUUGGGCUUUUCUUUUGACUUGCAAGGUUCCAUACUGCAGUCUUUAUGACGAAGGAUAUACUUCAAUAGGGAGUGUUAAUGACACAGCUCCAAAUGCAUUGUUAUGCAUCAAAGAUUCUGCGUCUGGUAAGGAAAAGUUCAGGCCUGCAUAUAUGCUUUCAGAUGGAAGAUUGGAAAGAGCUGGUAGAGCCAGAAAGUUAUCUCCUCCAAAUGCUGGCCGAAUAACUACUGUUAGCAAUGGACUGAAAAGUGUGGAAUCACAUCAAAGCAACAUCCUCACAGCCUCCAUCAUUGCUGUGGGUGAUGAAAUUUUAUUUGGAACUGUCGAGGACCAAUUAGGAGCAUCGUUGUGUAGGAAGCUUCAUUCUAUAGGUUGGAUGGUCUCCCGCAUUGCUGUUGUACGAAGUGAUGUAGAUUCGGUAUCUGAAGAAGUUGAAAGGCAGAAGUCUACCAGUGACAUGGUGUUCUUAUAUGGAGGGGUUGGUCCGUUACAUUCAGAUGUUUCUGUCGCGGGAGUCGCCAAAGCGUUCAGUGUUCCUUUGGAUCUAAACGAAGAAUUUGAAGGACAUCUAAGGCGCCUAUACGGUGAAAAAUGCACCGCGGACUUGAAUAAGAUGGCUCAGUUACCCCAAGGUAUUACAGAAUUGGUGCAACAUGAAAAGCUUCUUGUUCCUUUGAUAAAGUGUGAGAAUGUGAUGAUUCUUGGUGCUACGAAUGUCGAUGAGUUGGAGCAGCAGUGGGAUUCCCUGAUUGAUUUAAGAUGUAGUAAUCUGGUACCACCAACAGAACCGUUUGUAUCUAAGAAUUUGACGACCUCCCUCUCCGAUCUAGAAGUUGCUCAGCCUCUAUCCAAGCUUUCUAUUGAAUUUCCAGAUAUCUACAUUGGAUGUUAUCGCAAAUCCAGAAGUGGGCCGAUCAAAGUAACUUUGGAAGGGAAGGAUGAAGAAAUGGUAGAAGCAGCCAUGGAAGCAGUUUCAAGGACAUUAUCAUCAUCAUCAUCAUCAUGUUUUCUUGGGAAGUAGUUAAAAGGUGGAGGAGGAACUGAAGAAUAAGUGGUUGGUUGGUGAUGGAAAGAAAGUUAUUAGGAGAAAAAACAAAUGUAUUCAUAAUACUUGCUCCAAUUGUUUGCAUGUUAGGAUCUUAUAUGAAAAAAAUGCAUUUUUAGACAU